AUGAUGAAUUAGAUAAAUUUAAAUAGAUUGGUGGAAACUCCUUAUAUGGUGGAAAUCAUAGUUUAAGUUUUGCCUUAAAUGAUGGUUAAAGCGACUGAGAUAACAAAAAUGAAAGAAAACUUCAUUAAUAAUUUCACGAAAAUGCUUCACAAUUUUUUGAAAAGCAAAUAUCUGAUUUCACUCUAUAAAUGCUAAUAAAAAUUACAUCAAAUAAAAUUAACUAAUGAAAUUGAAAAAGAAUUUUAACAAGAUUGUAUUGGUAAUUAGGGAGAAAAAUUGCAAGUUACUCAAAAUGAUCUGGAAAACUUAGAAAAAAUUGAUUAUCAAUAGAUUACUCUCAAAUUUUGGAAUAAAAUGGAAGAGAAUUCAAUCCCUUUUCAACUUUAAAUCUCUUAGUAAUUGAGCGGAUUAGAUAAAAUACUUUUAAGGAUAUUAGAUCCUAAUCAUCUAUUAAAAGAUAAUACAUUUAACAAAGUGGAAAUUUAAAAUGACAAUAUAAUUUCUUUAGUUUGUGAUGUAUUAAAAGAAUACAACCUUACAAGCUUUGACUUUUAUAAUGAAUUUAUUAAUUAUUACUAUUUGAAAUAAAUAGGAAAAUAGAAAAACUUAGGAAAAUCUAUAAAUAUGGAUCGCUUUUUACAUGAUAUAUAAAAAUAUUCAAUUAAACUUGCAAACACAAUGAGUAAUAAAUAAUUGACUUAAAUUUAAUAUAAAUAAUUAGGUUUAUUAUAUAAUGAAGGAGGAGAAGAGGAAAAAUGGUUAGACGAAUUUUUUAUUGAUGAUGGCCAAUAUGGAUCUUAUAAGAAAGACAUAAGAAGUUGCUCAUUGGUUUAAAAAAAAGGUCCAAACUUUUCUUUUGUUCAUAAGUCUAUACAAGAGUUCUUAAUUGCAGCUGAUUUAUAUGAAGUGUUAAUCUUAGCUAAAGAUCUUAAUGGAAAAGUAUUUAGCUCUAUGAUGGAUGAGUUUUUAAGAGAAUAAAAUGAAGAUUAAGAUUGUUUAGAAAUGAUCAAAAAGUUAUUGAAUAAGGAGUCGAACUAUUAAUCCUUAUUUGUAAGAUAAUAAUAAUGUAAUGAUAACAUUAAGUAAAUUAUGAAUCUUAUCAAAAAAAUAUAACGACAUGCCUUUAAUUUAAUAAAUUAUUCUGCUGAAAUGUAUACAAAAACAAGAAAAUAUCUAAUAUAAAAAAUAUCUUCAGAAAUUUAGAUUAUUGAAUUUUUAAAAUUCUUAGUUCUUCUUACAAAGAUAGAUCAAAAAUUCAUUUAAAGUGGUAGUAAUUCACUAAAUUUAUUAGUUGAAAUGAAAGUUGAUCUCACUAUGCAAAACUUUGAAAAAAUUAAAAUUAAAGAUACAUCAUUAUUUGGGGCUAAUUUUGCAAAAUGCAAUUUAAGUGGAUCCUAAUUUGAUAGUGUAAAUAUUAAUGGAAUUAAUUUUAAUGGUGCUUUAUUGUUUAAUUGUAAAUGGAAAAAUUUAAGAAUAAAUGAAUAAUUUUUGAUGAAUGGUCAUAGUGAUGAUGUCUUAUCAGUAUGCUUCUCACCAGAUCGAACAAUUUUAGCUUCAGGUAGUGAAGAUAAUUCUAUUCGUAUAUGGGAUAUUAAGAGUGGAUAAUAAAAAGCCAAAUUGGAUGGUCAUAGUUAGCCUGUCUCAUCAGUAUGUUUCUCACCAGAUGGAACUACUAUAGCAUCUGGUAGUUAAGAUAAGUCUAUUCGUUUAUGGGAUGUUAAGACUAGAUGAUAAAAAGCUUAAUUAG